AUGGCGGAUCUCAACUUGCAGGCCAUUCACGAUGAAAUGGUGCUCGUGGCGUAUGAGGCCGGCCGCACGAUUCUCUCUGCAAACCCAGCUGAUAUCGGCACGGGGACAAAGCUCAAUUCCGUCGAUAUCGUCACAGAGGUUGAUCAGGCAGUUGAGAAAAUGGUCUCGUCGCGCCUCUCGACGGCGUAUCCCGAGUUUUCGUUCAUGGGCGAGGAAACAUACAAGCCUGGCACCAAACUUGGGCCGGAGCCGACAUUCGUCGUUGAUCCCAUUGAUGGAACAACAAACUUUGUCCACUCUUUCCCCAACGCCUGCAUCUCCCUCGGCCUCGCCAUUGACCGCGAGCCCGUCAUCGGCGUCAUCUACAACCCCUACCAGGACCUGCUCUUCACCGCAAUCAAGUCUCACGGCGCAUACAUGACCCGCAUCAAGGGAACGACCCCCCAGAAGCUGCCCCUCGCCACCUCUCCGCGUCCAUUGGAGGGCCUGGCCAACGCUCUUAUCGCCAUCGAAUGGGGCUCUACCCGUGACGGGCACAACUUCGAGCUCAAGACGGAGGUGUUCAAGAAGCUUGCCGCCACCAAGGAGACGGGCGGUGCCAUGGUGCACUCGCUGCGGUCGCUGGGCUCUGCGGCGCUCAACAUUGCUGCCGUGGCUGCGGGCCAGAUGGACGCCUAUUGGGAGGGCGGAUGCUGGGCGUGGGACGUUUGCGCGGGUUGGUGUAUCCUCAAGGAGGCGGGAGGCAUCAUGGCCGGCGGUAAUCCAGGGCAAUGGGAUCCAUCGGUGGACGAGAGGCUGUAUCUUGCUGUCAGGGGAGCGCCGAGCGGGCAGAAGGAGCUUGUGGAGGAGUUUUGGGGCAUUGUUGGAGAUAAGAAGAUGGAUUACUCUGUUUAA